GUGGCUUAUAGGGCAGAAAAGCAGGAAUACUUCAGGGCUUGCUGAGAGUGAGAUGCACUGCAAGGAUUUCCUUUAGAGGUCCUAGUUUAUUGCUGUUUAACGAAAAGAAACAUUGCUUACUGAAAAAUACCUGAAUUCUAAGUUUUCUCAUAAGUCAACUUUUUUAAUUGAAUAACUAACUCAAGACUCAAACCGGCUUAAUUCAUUAGCUAAUAUUACAGGGAACGAAUUACCUGCGAAAGAUGGAAGUAGAGCUGAGAGAUGGGAACAUGAAAAAGGAAAGUGUAAGUAGGCCUAAUCCAUUUCCACCCAAACUGGCAGCUUCCAUCACAUGGUUACCAGUGACUCAGGAGCUGAGCUUCCAAAAAUUUAUUGAACAAUCUGACUUACUAGAAGAACUUAAAUAUGACUUCAAUGAAAAAGCUGAACUGAGGCAUACUGAGACACAAAGGCCUUUUGUCUUUAACUAUUAUAAAAAUGUCCUUGAGAGAAAUAGCAAGCGCUACCAGGCCCUUGGCCGUUUGCUUCAACAAUACAUUUAUGAGCUUUUGGAGAAAGUGUGCAAAUUACAAAAAGUGUAUAUCCCACAAGAGGUUGAUAAAGAACCAAGAAGCUUCUUUUUCAUGAGUGAGAGAGCAUUAACAAAUCAUCCUUCUGUUCUUCUUGUCCUUCUUCAAGAUCAAGGGGUCUUUCAAGCUGGUCAGUGGAGUCAGCAGGCAGUCAUACAUCAUGGUCUCCAACAUGGAAGUCAGAUACCGUGUAUUCAAAUGGCAGUGCAGGCACAUUAUGAUGUAAUUGUGCUAAACCCCAACGGCAAUUUCGUGGACCUAAAGAUGGAAAAAGAGUGGAAAGGCCUUUUAACACAAAAUAUUGAAUCUUCUUCCCUAAAAAUGGUUCAGGCUGAGAGCUUUUUAUCUCUCCAGCAGCCUCUCCAAUGCAUUCCAAAAAGAUGCAGCAACACUCCUGAAGAACACAUGGCUUAUAUUUGGGAUUACUUCAUUUCAAAGACUGAAGGCAAGGAUGUUGCCUUCAUCGUGCAUGGUUAUGGAGGCUUGGUUUUCAUGGACUUGCUUGUUCAUAGAAAGUGGGAAGUCACGAGCAAAGUAUAUGCCGUGGCCCUUAUUGACUCUGAGCACCACGUCGGACACCAGCUGGGAAGUGACGGACAGUUAUUAGCAUGGAUAAAGCACCACUGCCGUGAAUGGGUGACAAGCCCUAAGCCUUUGGAUAAACCUGUAACUACUAUUUUGAAAAAGGAGUUUCCUGUGGUUUCUGCAGGUACAGAAAAACGCAACUUAGCACCUUCCUGUAGCCUUCAGUCAAUUUUUAAAUACUUUAACAAAGCUUUGAGAGCCAAAACAACUAUUAGUUUCCCUCAAGGGCCAAUAGUAACUAGAAGCGCCACAAAAAGAAAGCAAAGUGCUUAA